CGAUGGCUUGCUGUUGCGCUACCUUCCUUGGGAGGGCAGGGUUCCAGAAAGGGCGGGACUUCCGGAUGCGCGAUUCCUGUGCGCGAAGUUCAGGUCGGCUGUGGAAAAGGGGGAGGACUUUGAAGGGAGCGCACUUCCGGUGCCCUUUCUCCCGCCAGCAGUGCUGGCCCGAACCCUCGUGUGAAGGGUGCGAUCCCAAAACUGGAAUAGGGCAGAGGCGGGCCGGCACCCCCUUCUGAUCUCUGGUGCCGCCGGCCUCAGGAUCAGACAUGGCCCAGAACUUGAAGGACUUAGCGGGGCGGCUGCCUGCCGGGCCCCGGGGCAUGGGCACGGCGCUGAAGCUGCUGCUGGGGGCUGGCGCCGUGGCCUACGGUGUCCGCGAAUCCGUGUUCACCGUGGAAGGCGGGCACAGAGCCAUCUUCUUUAAUCGGAUCGGUGGCGUGCAGCAGGACACCAUCCUGGCCGAGGGCCUUCACUUCAGGAUCCCCUGGUUCCAGUACCCCAUUAUCUAUGACAUUCGGGCCAGACCUCGAAAAAUCUCCUCCCCCACCGGCUCCAAAGACCUGCAGAUGGUGAACAUUUCCCUGCGAGUGCUGUCUCGGCCCAAUGCCCAGGAGCUUCCUAGCAUGUACCAGCGCCUAGGGCUAGACUACGAGGAACGAGUGUUACCAUCCAUUGUCAACGAGGUGCUCAAGAGUGUGGUGGCCAAGUUCAAUGCCUCACAGCUGAUCACCCAGCGGGCCCAGGUAUCCCUGUUGAUCCGACGGGAGCUGACAGAAAGGGCCAAGGACUUCAGCCUCAUCCUGGAUGAUGUAGCCAUCACAGAGCUGAGCUUUAGCCGAGAGUACACAGCUGCUGUAGAAGCCAAACAAGUGGCCCAGCAGGAGGCCCAGCGGGCCCAGUUCUUGGUGGAAAAAGCAAAGCAGGAACAGCGGCAGAAGAUUGUGCAGGCUGAGGGUGAGGCUGAGGCUGCCAGGAUGCUUGGAGAAGCACUGAGCAAGAACCCUGGCUACAUCAAACUUCGAAAGAUCCGGGCAGCCCAGAACAUCUCCAAGACGAUUGCCUCAUCACAGAACCGAAUCUAUCUCACUGCUGACAACCUUGUGCUGAACCUACAGGAUGAAAGUUUCACCCGGGGAAGUGACAGCCUUAUCAAGGGUAAGAAAUGAGCCUGGGAACCAAGAACUCCACCCCCAGAGAGCAAGUGGAUCUGCUUCUCCAGUUUUUGAGGAGCCAGCUAGGGGUCCAGCAUACUCCCACCCACCCCCAGUGUCAUGUGAUGGUCCCCUGCACCCACACCGGCCUCACUACCCCUCUUGGAUUAAGGAAGACUGAAGAUCAGCCCUUCUAGGGAAUGACUUUCCUCCUUCCUGUUGGCCAGGGGUGUUGGGACAGUGUGUUAUUUCGCAGUGAUUUCCUAGCGUUGUUCCCUCCCUCAAGGUUGGGAGGAGAUAACCACCAACCCAGGAAUUCUCAAUAAAUUUUUAUUACUUAAGCUGAA